AUGUCUACCCAGAACACGAUGAAGCUAUCGAAUGAAUUGCGGAAGACGAUUCGGAUUCUUCAUCAACAUUUCAAAGGAAGAAAUGGGAAUCCCACGGGCGAAAUCUCACCAUACAGAAGAUUCCUUGUCAAUGCCUGCAAGGAGAGAGUUGAACCCGCGAGAAAGAAUGAAGCAGAAAGCAAGGAAGCUUUUCUUGACCUUGAGGCAUACAAGCAGUAUCUUGAUGCGCUUGUGCAACGCAAGGCUCUCCUUUCUCAGUUUGGAGGAGAUGCAGUGAGGGGUAUCAGCGCUAGGCAGAGGAUUGAGAACACGUCCAGCCGCGUCGGGCUGAAGCUGCCCAAGUACAAUGUGGAUGAAGAAGAUCUCUCCGAGUACGGCAAGCGCCUAGGGCUCAAGGACAAGAAACAAACGUCGAUCCGCGAGGACCUCAACAGCAUCGCCAAGAACGCUGCUCAGAAUAGCGAUGCGCCAAGCUCGCAGUGA